AUGCUUCCACAGCUGCGCGACCCGCGAUCCGCCUCUUCCUCUGCCUACGAGGCUAGCGUCGCCGGAAGUACACUGCCGCCGUGGCAGAGGAUUCUUGAAGAGCAGCCGCGGGCCAAUGGGGCGCAGCUCCCUGCGGCGGGCCGGGAGGAUAAAGCCGCAGAUCACCGGAUGCCACUCGGAUCUCGCACCUGCCGCGCGGCGCCACGCGACGGGACGGCCGGGCAGCCGGUUCUGCCCGCGUGUCUCCGGGGCCCCGCAGCCCCCGCUCUGACGAGGUCGGCCUCGCAGAGCUGGCGCCGACAUGUGAUGAUGUGGUCGCCAAGCGGGCGGAUGACCGAGCAGAGCCAACUGGGCACAGUCUUUGUGCCGAAGCUCGGCGAGGACGGGCUCGUUUCCAGCGUGACGAGCUCUGCUGAUUUUGCUGCUGCUGCUGCUGUGGAGAGUCGUCGGCCAGAAGGACAGGGAGACGGAAAGGUGACAUUCUGCUUCGUCAGUCGUGCUUUUGGUCCGGGAGAUUCCGCCAUGGACUUGGAUGGCGAAGUGCGGUUGUAA